UAUUUUAGCCAGUGCGCACCACAGUAUCGCUUCGCACCACACCGUCCGGACUGUUGCUGCUCCCGGAGCACCUGCAGGCGGAGGGAGCUACCAAAAAAAGGGGCGAAGAAGUACGCAGGGGACAUAAACAAGCGGAGGACGGAGUAGGGGCUGGACCGGCUGGAGGAGCGCACCAUGGCCUCAAAGGACACAACAGCCACGGGCUUCGUGAACGUCAGCAGGGAGAUCACAGAGGGCAUCAGGAAGGUGCUGGACAAGCAGGCCAUUAAGUUUGUGCGAGCCAUCAAGCAGGACACCCGGAGCGGCAAGACAGAGGACAGGAUUCUGGUCCUGGCAACAUGGAGACUGUAUCUCUUCGCUGUCAAGGUGCCCACCAAGACGGAGGUCACCUUCAACUUCCUGGAAAUCCGAGCCAUGAACACCUAUCCAGAACACCAGGUUGUCAUCGAUACAGACAAGACCACCUACUCGCUGAAACUCCAGAACCAGGAGCAGCUGGACCACGUGGUCAGCCACAUCAACUACUCCCUCUCCCGAGUCUUCAACAACUCCAUUUACGCCCCUCCAAUCUGUCGUGCAGAAGGAGACGUGACCGAUGGAAGUAUCAAGUUUUCAGCCAACUCCGAAUCGUCAUUGGAUCCCCAGAAAACAUGCGGAGGUUUUUCUGAGACCUAUGCGGCUCUUUGUGACUACAACGGAAUCGGCUGCAAAGAAGAAGUGCAGUGGGAUGUCGACACCAUCUACCACUCUCAGGACAACAGGGAGUUCAACCUAGUGGAUUUCAGCCACCUCGACAGCAGGGACUUGGCGGUAAUCGUGGCAUCCAUUGCGUACAACACCUGGUUCACCAAGCUGCACUGCAAAGACAUGCGCAUAGGGUCCGAGGUGGUGGACCAGGUUCUGCACACAGUCAGCAAGUCCAACACUCUGGAGGAGCUCACUCUGGAGAACGCAGGACUGAAAUCGGACUUUCCGCAGAAGAUGGCGUCGGCGCUGUCUGAGAACCCGACCUCUGUGAUCCACUCCCUGAACCUGGCUCACAACACGCUGGACAACCAGGGAGUCUCCAACCUGAUUCAACAAGUGUGUCGCCUCAACAAGGGUCUGCGCCUCCUCAACCUCUCCAAGACCUCCCUUUCCUCCAAGGGUGUGGUUACUUUGUCCCAGGCGUUGUGUUCAAGUGACGACUACUCCAAUUCUCUACUGCAUCUGGACCUCAGUAAAAACCCCGGGGUUCUGUCUGGAGAGGACGCAACAAACCUGUACAUGUUCCUGGCCCAGCCCAACUGCCUGGUCCACCUGGACCUCUCUGGGACAGACUGCACCGUGGACUCGUUGUUUGGGGCCUUGCUGCGAGGCUGUUGCGCUGACCUCUCCUACCUGAACCUCUCCAAGAACUCCUUCUCUCACAGGAAAGCGAGAGAUUCUCUGCCAACUUUCCGCCAGUUCUUCAGCUCCGCAUUCAGCUUGACCCAUGUCAGCCUGGCCUCGGUGAAAGUCCCUCCUGAUAUGCUGAGGGCUCUGUUUCUAGGUCUGUCCAAUAACCCUCAUAUCACUGACUUACACCUGGACAUCAGCAGCUGUGAGUUAAGGUCAGCAGGUGCUGGCGUUAUACAGGAGCUGUUUCCUCGAGUUGCGUGCGUGGGGACUUUAGACAUCUCUGAUAAUGGUUUAGAUGCUGACUUGCUGGCUGUCAUCCCAGCGUUCUCCAGGCACCCGUCCCUCAAGCACCUGAUGCUGGGGAAGAACUUCAACAUCAAGGGCAGGGUGCUGGAGGAAAUUCUGCAGAAACUGGUUCAUUUGGUGCAAGAGGAAGAGUGUGCCCUGCACUCCCUCUCCCUGGCCGACUCGAGGCUCCGUCAGCGGGGCACAGUGAUGGUCAACGCCCUGGGCUCCAAUGCCUGCCUACGGAAGGUCGACCUGAGCGGAAACCUGCUGGAGGACUCCGGUGCCAAGAUGCUCAGCAAAGCCCUGCAGAUCAACACAACGCUCAGGAGUGUGACGUGGGAUCGCAACAACACCACAGCAAUGGGCUUCCAAGACGUGGCGAGGGCGCUGGAGCACAACUUCACUCUUCAGUACAUGCCCCUCCCCCUCAGUGAUGUCACUCAGGCGCACCGCAGCAACCCGGAGAAGACGGACCAGGCCCUGACCAAGAUCCAACGUGCUCUGCUUAGGAACAAUCAGACUCAGCACUUCUCCCAGAAACAGGCGCUCAGGCUGCACCAGGGCCUCGUCACCAGCACGGCAGAACAGGUGAUGGAGCGUCUGUGUGUGCGAGUGCAGCAGCAGGUGGGUGUCCUGAAAGGUUCUGAGGAGGGAGAGGAGGUCCAGACGGCCAGACAAAUCCUGAAGGAAGCCAGGGAUUCCAGAGCUCUGUAUCCCUCUCUGUGUGAGUUGGCCCAUGUGUUGUCAGUGGACGGCCCCGUCAAACAGCGUCUGGACACUCUGGCUGGAGAACUGGCCAAAGCCGCGGACAAGGAGCUGCAGGUGGUGGUGGACUCCAUGGUGUCGCUGUGCCGCGAGCUGUGUCCAAUGUCCUGCUCCGCCGCCGAGAGACUCAACCCGCCCCUCUCGUCCAUCUCAGAGCAAGUUUCCAUCCCUCGCUCCGCCAUCCGCAGUGCCCUGAUGGAGCGAGCGGCGGAGGAUAUCAACAGAGCUUUAGAGGAGGUGAAGUUGUCUGUGGUCUCCUAUCUGACCAACUCCAUAGUGGAUCAGAUUCUACAAGAGCUGUACACCACCCAUAAAACCCUGCUGCGGCAGGUGUCUCAGGCGAAGCGCUGGGAUGACGUCGGGACGGGCCGGCGCACCGUCAGACAGUCCAGGAUGGUUGAGUCCCUGGAAUUUCCCGAUGAGGACUUUGGUGUCAACCUGGGAAUAGACACAAUGGCUAUAAAGAAGCGGAGCUCCAGAACUAGAAGAAUCCGUCCCGUCUCCACCAGACCCAGUGUUGGUGAUGAGCCCAGUCCCUCUCCCACCCCCUCUGCUCCACCGCACUCCGACCCUCUUACACACUCUGCAUCAUGGGAGUGUCUCACCACCCUCCCCACAAACGGCUCGCCCUUGCGUCACGUGACCCACGUCAGGCCCCGCCCACCACGGAGACACAGAGCGGGGCACCCUCCCCCUGAAUCUCACGGCUCAGAGAACGGAGGAGCCAGUACGAUGGAGGACGGACUGCCUGACUUCUACAGCAAGAGAGUUCUACCUGACAGUCAGCUGUCGUCCCUCCAUCAGGGCCAGUCGCUGAGGAGAAAGAAAAGACGCAGCAUGUUGUCAAUUUUCUCCGGCUUCCGCAAGAACCGCAACUCCACCAUCUCCAAUCAGGACCCGGACCCCUCAGAGAACGUCUACUCGAUGAUUCAGCACCCUAAGGAUGCUGGGAGGCCAGACAGCGCGGUCCCAGGAGCAAACGGGACCAUGUCUUCACCUCGGCCCAUGCAGGGGGUCCCUGUGCACGGGCUGAGAGCCUCCAGCCCCCCCUGCCUCAUCCAAAGACAGUCCACAGACCUGGUCAGCAUGGUGUACAGCUGCAUCGGGGCGGAGAUCGAGGACUCUGAUGGCAGCAGCUCCUGCGACAUCAAAGACACGGAGCAGGAUACUGACAGGUCCACCAUCGUCUCCGACGUGCCCCCCGACGCCCACACCAACGGCCACGUGGCGUCCUCCAGGGAGCAGCCGGAGAGGCAGGCGGAGGGGGUCCGGCAGGAGAGGAUCGUCCCCCUCACAGACCCUCGGAGCGACGUGGAGGAGGACAGAGAGGGGAGCCAGGCCAGGCCCGAGCCCCCCCCACAGAGCUGCAAGCCCUCUGUGGCUGUCAUGAGGCAGAGACACCUGCAGGAGAGCCUAGAAGAGGCAGGAAGGCUGCAAGUAGAAGAGGACCAGAGUGACCGAAAACAUGAAGAGAAGCAGAGAGGAAGAGGACCAGAAGGCCAGCGUCCUCUCCUGCCCACCAAGCUGAGCCUCGACAUCCUAAGAGAUACGAGCUCUCCAGAAAAGGCUGUGCGUUCUCCCAAAAGCUCGCCCAUCAGCCCAGGUGAAGAGCUGACCAAUGAGCAGAGGAGCCUCCCUCCAGCUCAGCCAAUCAGUGAAGAAGAUGGGACCAGCCCCCCAGCGCCUGCCAAUCCGGGGAGAGAAGCAGUGGAUCCUGCCAGUCAAGGUGCUGACACAAUGAUACUAGAUGAAGAUGAAGGCCGUAAUGGAUUCCCCGCAGCAUCGCGUCACACCAGGAAGUCCAACUCGUUCGACAUAGGCAUGGACCCGGACAGCCCCUACGAUCUGGAGAGGUCCUCAGAUCGCAGAUUCCCUGUGAAAAAGCCCAGUUUCCCCCAGUACAGAAACAGCUCUCUGGACUUCCCAGCGGGGACCAGGUGUUAUGAGAGCCCCCAGCUGGGCAACAGAGACGCGUUAUGACGUUACCAGAGCACCAGGAAGAGCUUUCUGGGGAGGGACUGGAACAACGAGGACUGGAGAGAGACAAGCUUUUAAAAAACCGUGUGGACUCAAGAGACAAAGCUCCAACAGCUGCUCCCCCCCCCCCCCCC